UGAUGAUGAUGAGGAGGAACCAUGCGCGCUCUGGAAGGAGCCGCGCUCUCUGUGUGUUGUAGAUCAGCUGCUGCUGUUUCAUGUCGGAUGCGGCUCAGACAACAGAGUCUCACACACACACACACUCAACAACCCGCCGCUCACUCACUCACUCACUCACUGACUGUCCGGACUUUUGCGUAAGCGGUGUCGUGUGCGCACAAUGUCGCCGCUGUGGACGCCGCGCAGCUGCGUGUGAGUGACUGUGGAUCAUCCAGGCGCUUUGACAGAGGCGGUGAACGCACCUUGCAUCCAGCCAUGGGAGGUCAGAUCACCAGAAACACCAUCUACGAUACUCUGAACGGACCAUUUCCUGCAACAUCCCACCGAUGCCACUACAAACCCAGGCGGUGUCUGCCCAUGCAGCCAUGUGGGAAUUUGUCGUCCAUCCCGCUGCACUUCCACCCGACCACCAAAGGCUCACAGAUCGUCAUGGACGUGUCCCAGAGGACCGUCAAGAGACAGGGCAGCUUCUGUAACGGCAUCACCUUCAGCAACAGACCUAUUGCUGUGUACGAGCAAGUUCGACUCAAGAUUACUAAAAAGCAGUGUUGCUGGAGUGGCGCCCUGCGUCUUGGAUUUACAUGCAAAGACCCCUCACGGAUCAACCCGGACACUUUGCCCAAGUACGCCUGUCCCGACCUGGUGUCCCAGAGCGGCUUCUGGGCCAAAGCUCUGCCCGAGGAACUCUCCAACGAGGGAAACGUCAUCGCCUUCUGGGUGGACAAGAAGGGCCGGGUGUUUUACCGCAUCAACAACUCAAGUCCCAUGCUGUUCUUCAGUGGGGUGCAUGUCGCCGAACCUCUGUGGGCUCUCAUAGACGUCUACGGCCUCACCAGAGGAGUCCAGCUGCUGGACAGCGAGAUGGUCCCUCUGGACUGCCUGCGCCCUCGGUCUUUUGCAACCACCCACCAUGCGUCUAUUCAGCGAAGCAGCGACGAGCCUCACCUUUCCAUCAGCCUGUGUGACCUGAGCCUGCAGCAUCUGGAGGAAGAUAAUGAAGAGGACGAAGAGCGACUGCAACCCUUAAGCUCCACCUCUUGCCAUGUUCCCCAAAACUCUCAGAACUUGCAGCAGUGUUCGCUGCUGCCCAGCCAUUUGGACACCGAUCUCCACUUCCACUCGGUGCAUGGCAGCCAUGUUACCGCGCUGGAUAAGCAGACAGUCGCGCGGCUGGAUCACCGCGGUGACGAGAGGACCCUGGUGUUCACCAGCAGGCCCAUGCGCUGCUCCGAGACUGUGUUCGUGAAGGUGAAGUCCGGCGCUUCGCGGCCCGCUUGCCUUUCUUACGGCGUGACGUCCUGUGACCCGGCCACCCUGAGGCCCAGCGACCUCCCAUCCAACCCAGAGUCUCUGGUUGACCGCAAGGAAUUCUGGGCCAUGUGUCGAGUCGGGGUGCCACUCCACAGUGGAGAUAUCCUGGGCUUUCUGGUGAACUCAGACGGGGAGGUCGUAAUGAGCCAUAAUGGCGUCAGCGCAGGGAUGCAGCUGUGUGUCGACAACUCCAGACCUCUGUGGAUGUUUUACGGUCUGCACGGCACCGUCACACAACUCAGGAUUUUAGGCUCAUCUCAGCACCCAGAUCUGCGCGGUCCUUCGAUACCCAGCUCCCCGUCCUGCACACCCAACACCCCCACAAUGCUUUGCGGCGGCAACUCGGAGUCCAGCCUCGACGCGCCGUUGAACAUCAACCUCAAUUCGAGCUUCAACUCCAGCUACCACGCAGUCUUUGCUUCCUCCACAGGUACGACCCCGAGCUCUCCUUUCUCCGGCCACCCAGAGUCACCCAACUUCCCCCCGUGCUCGGGCUCGUGGAGCGACGAGUGCACCAUUUGCUACGAGAACGUGGUGGACACGGUCCUCUACGCCUGCGGACACAUGUGUCUCUGCUACUCCUGCGGCCUCAAACUCAAGAAGAUGGACAACGCGUCCUGUCCCAUCUGUCGGCGGACGAUCAAAGAUAUCAUCAAGACGUACAGGAGCAUGUAGUCGCUCUCGCAUCAUCAGGAAAUCGGCGCUGGGCGACUGUCAAAGCCAUGAAAGACUUUGCGUAGAUGGACGCAGCACACGUGAAAACCGUGGUUGUUUUGGCUCAGGUACACAACAGCAGGACUUUAAAUGCCAUCACCUGGACAUUUCAUAGUGGUCCCACACUCAUGAACUCCACUGGAGACCAUGAAAAACCACAGAGUCAUCGACUGAAACCACGACCUACGAGUGACUCUGUGCAUGUUUUGAAGAGAGAGGGUAAAUCUGAUAAAGGCUGUAUAUUGUGUCCCACACGCAGUCACAAUAUUCUCCCGCGUCUGUUUCAGAGGAAGUAAAAUUGUCCAGAGCUGCGGAAGAAAUGAGGGAGAGUAAAUCCACCGUUUCUCCAGCUGCUUCUUCUCCGCUUGUCACGAAGCGUUUUGGGUCAAAGAAAAUGCUGCUUUACAAGGAGAAUUAAUUGUCCCCUAAAAGUGGAAAAAAAUCAAGAUAAGAUCGUUGUAUUUGAUUCCCCAGGAAGGUUCCGCUUGCCAGUGAGGGUUGAGAGGAAGGAGUUAGAAAGUGGUCCUUUCUAACUGGCCACAAAACACAAAGCAAAUGGUUUAACCCGAGCCCUUAAAGCUGUGGUGCGUAAUUUUAAGUAUUAACUGAUAAUGAGUUCACGAAAUGCUGAUGAAGCUCGAGUAGAAGUAAUAAGUUUCAUGUCAAGAUAAGACGGAGAGUAAGAAAGAGACGGUUUGUUUCAUCAUUUCUGUUCACAAAGUUACGCACUGCAGCUUUAACCUCACCAGUUGUGUAAUACAUGAAACGAUGUCUGGCAUAUAUUACACGAGCAGCUCUGUUCAGUGAACUUAAAGCAGGGGGAGAUUGGGCGAAGGCUAAACAAGAAAGAAAAGAAGUGUGAAUGUUGUCGCCAUAGAAGGUCACGCUGGCGGUGAAAUGAGGAUAUACGUAAAUCAGCGAGCGAGGGAGGGAGGAUGUUGUAAGUUUAGGACGUGGACAGUUGCAGGAAGAGGGGGAACCUUUGCUACACGUCUGCAGACAGUGUUUAGGUGCAGAGACAGUGUUUGCUCUCACAGAAGUCAAAUGUGGGACAUGCAUAGGUUUGGUGUGUGGACGCAAAUAAAUAACCCUUUGGUUCUGAAAAGGCCGUGUGAUGAAUGGACCCGUGAAUUGUUGAAGCUCCAGAUGGCUGUGCGUACUUCAGGUGACUCACUCGUCUUUCAUUAAGAACGUUAGCGCGUUGGUAAUGUAUUUCUGUACACUGCGUCUCCAGGUGGAAAAUAAAUCCGUAAAACUUGGUGACAAUGAUGUAGCGCAGGGGUGUCAAACAUACGGCCCGGGGGCCAGAACCGGCCCGCCGGAGGGUCCAAUCCGGCCCACAGGAUGAAUUUGUUGAAAUUUCACACUAAUCUAAACGUAAUGUCAAAUGCUCCAGGUACCCGUGACUAAAUGUUUGUGCCUUUAUAGACCCAGUGUGCUGUGUAAAUAGUACAUUUAGGCACGAUAUUGUUGAAAUAGCACUUUCAUGUUUUGUAAAAUUAUCCUUCAUUAAAUGUAAAACAAAGGAGAAAAAACAAAGGAGUUCUUGUUAUUCAUAGGUUAUUAUGCUAUUAUUUUACUAUUUUUACUGGUCCGGCCCCCUUGAGAUCAAACUGUGCUGUAUGUGGCCCCUGAACAAAAAUGAGUUUGACACCCCUGAUGUAGCGUGUUGUUUGCGGGACAUUGCGAGAAUCACUUUGUCAGUGCUGCUGCUGCUCGUGUCGAUAUAAAUAAACUCCCAAGGACAUUUCCACUCGACUAAUCUCGUGCAUUAUGCGCUGAUUUAAAUUGCCGUGCUAUUUCCAGGUGUUGUUCUGGCCUCGCUGAACCAUUACUCCGUAGUUUGUUAAGUAGUAAUUGCUAAUGGUUUUAGUUUUUUUUUUUUACGUUUUAAGCUCCGUCAACUCGCCGCUUUGACUGGCAAUUAUGUCGCACAGCGGUGAAGUUUCCUCGUGUGCCUUUGAGAAGAGGAGUCUGGACCGACGUUUACUCCUCGCCAUAAAAAUCAGGAGGUCGACGGUCGUGUUGUAACAUCGCUCUCGCGUGGUUGUGAGGUCUCUGAGGUUGACUUUUCAAACACAAAGUGAUCGUUCUGGUUUAUUUGCAAGUGGUUGUGUUUUAUCUCGACGUUACGCGGUCUUUGCUGAAGGAACCAAACUCCAUAGAGAAAAUCAUCAGUUUUACAUCACAGCACACAGGGGUUGGUAACGCCCUGCUGCCUUCAUCUCUAAGUUUAAAUGUGUUUUUGGUGACUUCUGUGUUAGAAAUCUCUCGUAUAGAUUUAACUACGUGACAUAAACUUACCAAAACAAGGCAGCAGUAGACCAACGAGUCCAGUGUUCCUGUGAGCUAAAAACACUGAUUUUCUCUCUGGGGUUUGGUGCAGGAAGUUACAAACUUCAGUUUCCGGCCGUGUUUUCAACCACACAAAACCAGAAUAUCAGUGCGUGAAGACGCCCGAGAUGAAAUGCUUUAAAAUGCUUUAAUGCUGCCUUGUCCUGUUUGUCACUGUGUUGCAUUAUACUGGAAUUUUGUUGUGCUUCAGAAUCCCCUCCUCCCCUCUCCUGCCCCCAAAAACUUUUAUAUUAUCUUCUGUUUCAUUUUACUUCCUGACCAAAUAUGACCGACCAUUAAUAACAUGUUGUGAUUCGUUCUUUUUCUGAUAGAAAAUGAUGGUGUUGAUGGGUAUAACGUUUAGCUGUACAUUAUGAGGUUUAUUUAUUUUUGUCAAUGCUACUAUAAAGAACUAUCACUGUAUGUGUAUGACUUUAGAAUAAUUUCCUUGUGCUGCAUCGUCAAAAACCAACAGGCGAAGAAUAAUACAGAGCAUUUUCUUUUUCGUGUCAGCUGAUUUUCACUUGAAGGACGUGCGGUGGUUGUUUUUAAUGAUUGGUUUUGGGAAAAUAUGCUAAUUUGUGGGAGAAUUAGAUGAGACGAUCAGUCAAUAUCUGUCUUCAGUGGUGGGAUUUAACAAGUGAUGUGCCUUCACUCUCUACGGUUUUAUUUUUAUGUAUUUGUACUUUAUUUCCAACUGUAUUCCCAAAUUAAACACUACAAUUCAGAAGGAAAUGUUAAUGUUUAGUCCCAUACAUUCAUUUGAGGGCUGUAGUUGUUGGAUUCACAUUUAGGACACUUAAUCAACUUAGAAAAGUGGUGUCCAAACUAGGGGCCGUGACACACAUGGGGGUCCAGGGAUGAUUUGCAUUAAAAAUACAAACAUUUAGAGCAACAAAGUUAAACUUCUGGAAUAAUCUGGUUACAGAAUCUCAGAAAAGUUUGGGAAUUCUGAUCUUAGAAGAAAUUACAAUUAUAUAAAUCCGAAUAAAGUGAUAAAAUGACCCAAUGUCAGAGCGCGCGUGUUUAUACAAAGUAAGAUGAUUCACCUGCAGCUUCAGUUCACUCUGUGAUCACAGCACUGAUGUGAUAGCACCAGCACCAGAGGACACAGCCAGGACAACACAGUGCAGCAUGAGCAGAUAAAGAGACGGAUUUUCCUCCACAAAACGGAGCUGAAAAAGCGGUAAUAUUGUAAUCAGAGUCACCGGGUGGACAGGUGCUGUUGCUCUGUGUCGCCGUCUGCUCAAUCUAUCGAGUUCAACUCAAAUUUGCAGAGACCUCAAUUGACAAAGGGAGCAGGUUUUAUCGAUAGCUAUGACAGGAGGAGGAGAGAGUGAUAUAAAUGGGUCAGUUUUUGUGCUCAGAGCACAGCGUGAUGUCACCGUGGCUGAAAACCAGCGCCGCCAUCCACUCAGCCCAUCAGGUGAUGAGAUGAUGACGGAGACGAUGAGUGGACGAUUGACCAAAAGCUGUGGAUGUGAUGGAGGAGGGGGGGAAUGAAAUGAUCACAGAGACAAGAGAGCAGUUUUGUUUAAAUUGACAGCGAUUGUCAGUGGCUGAUUGAGAUCCUGCAGAAAUUAGAUUUUAUUACUGAAAUCACUCAGAGGGAGAGGUUUGAAAAUAUAAAUAAAAUCCCACUACCUGCCCUCAGCAAAUAAAUGCUUAUUUUUCAUUCACGGCCUUCGAAUCAUCCAACAUUUACACUCCAACUCUCCAUGGUCCGCCGUUUUGUUGAUGACAACAAAACUACUUUGACACUCGGGCGCAGAAGUUACAUCAAACAGAAUUAUUCUAAGCAACGUUUAUCUGAAACCAGUCAAACAUCCAUCUUCUACCGCUUUAUGUGCCAAUCUCAGGGCGACAUAGUACCAGUCAAAGUUUCAUACAAUCAUCAUCUAUUUGUGUCUUUUAAUGUUGGAUCACAUGGACCAACACAGGCACUCGUCUCACUUUUAUUUCUUUUGUAGUGAGCGUUCGUGUGGAUUUUAUGUUUGUGUAAAUGUAUCUUAAGUAUCUUCGCUAAGGUAACCACCUGCAAUUUUAAAUCACAAGAGUGCUAAAGGCAUCUUUUCAUCUAAUUCUCUGCAAAGAGCGAGCGUAUUUCCCCAAAAAUGUAAAACAUUUGAAUGAUAACGACAAAUAUGGAAGGAAUACUAAUGUUCAGAAUUGGCACAAAUACGAGUGGGUGAAAAAUGAUGUGUGUGAAAUUUUGUGCAUAUUGACGUUCUCUUGACUUUGUGAUGUGGUGAAGACGGCGUUACCUCUGUAUCUUUUCAUGAGCGACGAGUAAGAAGUGAUGUUGAGCUUUGUGCACAUAGAAAUCAAGCUCAGUACCUUUGGUUUCCUGGACUUUGGGAUUUAUAUUCUAUGUUUUGAGAUGUUUCAGAGUUCUGUUCAUGUUUGGUAAAUAAAGUCAAAGUCUGAGUCA